GACGCUGUCCGUGGAUCCGGUCGUGACGUAUUUAUGCAAGAAGCGUCGACAGAAAUGUACAGAUAAAUAACUCCGAUUAAAUUUCUAUUUCUUUCCUUGAUGUAGUUAGUUUCACUUUGUACAACUCACGCUGAAAGGUGCAAAAAGCGGCUCGUUCAGGCUCGUGAGCGGAUACCUGAGCACGCGGGUCCUGAGGAACCGGAAGAGAAGAUGACGGUCCACAACUUGUACAUCUUUGACCGCAACGGGAACUGUCUGUAUUACAACGAGUGGAACCGGAAGAAGCAGGCGGGGAUCUCCAAGGACGAGGAAUACAAACUGAUGUACGGGAUGCUGUUCUCCAUCCGCUCCUUUGUCAGCAAGAUGUCACCUCUGGACAUGAAGGACGGCUUUCUGUCCUUUCAGACCAGUAAAUAUCGCCUUCACUAUUACGAGACUCCGAGUGGACUGAAGUUUGUCAUGAACACAGAUCUGUCAGUGAGCAACGCCAGAGAAACACUGCAGCACAUUUACAGCAACCUGUAUGUCGAGUACAUCGUGAAGAACCCAGUGUGCGUUCUGGGUCAGACUCUGGACAGCGAGCUGUUCAGCAGCCGACUGGACGCCUUCAUCCGAGCGCUGCCGUUCUACAGCCCCAGAGCCGCCUGAGGCUCGGCUCCUCACUUCCUCUAUUUAUUGUCACCUUGAAGCCGUAUGUUUCAUGUCUUCAUUGUGUGAGUCAGCAUUAAACUGAUGUUAAAUCACGA